GAAAUGGCUCCCAGCGCAAAGACAGCCGGCAAGAAGCCUGCCGGCAAGACCACCCGCAGCGCCAUCGCUGACGUCGUCGCCCGCGAAUACACGAUCCACCUACACAAGCGCGUUCAUGGUGUGAGCUUCAAGAAGAGGGCCCCCAGGGCCAUCAAGGAGAUCCGUGGGUUCGCUGAGAAGGCUAUGGGCACUAAGGAUGUUCGCCUCGACCCCCAGCUCAACAAGAAGGUCUGGGAAGCUGGCAUUAAGGGCGUUCCUUACCGCCUCCGUGUCCGCAUCUCGCGUAAGCGUAACGAUGAGGAGGGCGCCAAGGAGAAGCUUUACUCGUACGUUCAGGCCGUCAACGUCAAGGAUCCCAAGGGCCUGCACACCCAGGUCGUCGAGGAUGCUUAAAUGGAUCACGAUCGGGUUGAUGGAUGAAAUGCAUAUAAAAAGCACGGCGUUCCGGCGGGUUGCUUAGUAGCUACUUUUACCACAGCGAAAGGCUAGGCUAGUGAAAUGAUACCUAAAUGACAGAUCAUGCCCGCCACGUUGGAUGAUUCUAAACCGCAAUUGCCCAACCUAUUCCUAAUGUUACUACCCUAUCCUAUGUGGCCGU